AUGCAAGCUGUGCUGUCCAGAAACAUUGCCAUCACUAAUCAUAGAUUUCAGAGUGAAUCAGACCUCAUUGUGCUGCUCAAAUCACAGAGUCAUUUAGCCGCGGCCGGCGCCCCCGCAGCCGGGCCGGCGCCAUGCGCUCGCCGCCCGCCGCCUGCAGCUGCCGCUGGCGCUCCUGCUGCUGCUGCUGCUGCUGCUGGGCCCUCGGCCUGGCGGCGGCCCCGCCGUGCUCCCCGCGCCGCCCAGCGUGGCUCGGUGCAGGAGCUGGUCCGGCGCGCCACGGUGGUGAUCGAGGGCAAGAUUCUGCCGCGGAGGCGGCCCGCACGAGCAGCCUGGGUGGCGCGGGUGCGGGUGCACCAGGUGUGGGCGGUGAAGGGCGGCGGGCUGCGGAAGGACUCGCUGCUCUGGGUGCGGGGCGAGCCCGGCUCCGCCUGCGGCCGGCUGAAGGCGGAGAGCCGCUACAUCUUCUUCAUGGAGCCGCUGGACGCCGGCGCCGCGCUGUUCCAGGCGUCCUCCCCGCCGCUGGAGACCGGCCGCAACCUGAAGCGGGAGGUCAGCAGGGCGCUGUGCCGGGGAUGUG